GGAUAUGACGAUUAAAGAGGAUCAAAAUUUUAUCAUUGAGGAUAUAACGAAUGGUUUAGAAAGAUGUCCUAUUUCAUUAAUUUGUGAUGAUAUUAAAGAAUUCGAAGAGUUACAAAAUACAUUUCACAAAUAUACGAUUCAUUGUGUAACUUCGUAUGACGCAGCUACGAUUUCAUAUUAUGAUGGAUGCGACUGUAAAGACAACUGCGAAUCUGAAGAUUGUGGUUGUAAAUCGGCUCACGGAUUCUUUUAUACAUCAAACGGAUUAGAUCCAACCUUCCUUCAAUCCAAAUCUACAUCCGCAAAUAUUUCCUUGUACGAAUGUAACUCUAAUUGCACAUGCACUCCCGUUAAAUGUCCCAAUCGAUUGGUGCAAUACGGAGUUUCGCUUCCCCUACAAAUUUUUAAAAGCGAUUCUGGAUGCGGAUGGGGUGUAACAUCACAUAUAUAUAGAAUUCGUAAAGGUGAUUUCGUUUGUGAAUAUGCUGGUGAAAUCAUUAAAACUGAUGAAGCAAAACUUAGAUGGACCACGUCCAAGGAAAAGAAUGAAGAUAAUUAUAUCCUUUGUUUAAGAGAGCAUAUGCAAGAUCGAAUUCUAAGAACCAAUAUAGAUCCAAUUCAUAUAGGUAAUAUAGGAAGGUUUAUCAAUCACUCGUGUGAUCCAAACUUACAAAUAUUUCUCACCAGAAUAAAUUCCCUAAUUCCAACAGCUGCUCUAUUUGCAAAGAGAGAUAUUGAAAUAGGUGAAGAAUUAACUUUUGAUUAUUCCGGUGGUAUAAAUGAUAAUAUUGAAGGAAACAAUAUUAGUGUAAAACGAAAGAAAUGUUUAUGUGGUAGUCAAGGUUGUAAAGAGUUUCUUCCAUUUGAUCAAUCUUUAUAA